UAUGUUUGCAUACAUAAGAAAGGGGUGUUUUGAAACGUUUUUUGCGUUUUUUUUGAUUAUAAUUCUUCUAAAAUCAAAUAAUAUUACACGAAACUAUUGAGAACUAAUAGGGCUUUAAAUAGAUCAUAAAAUCAUGCCAAAAGAACAGUACAGGGAGGCCGAUGUGGCCAGGCAAAUUUCUCACUUAAGUUUUGGCAUUGAAAGUGCCGAAACUAUGCAGCAGCAGUCCCAUAUUCACGUUGUAGCAAAAAAUUUAUAUAAUCAAGACAUUGGCCGCACUCCUGUGCCUUACGGAGUGCUUGACAAGCGACUGGGCACAAACUCAAAAGAUUCCCCCUGUCAAACUUGUGGGAAAAACUUAAACGAGUGUGUAGGCCAUUUCGGUUAUAUCGAUCUAGAACUCCCAGUUUUUCAUGUGGGAUAUUUCAGGAGCAUCAUAAGCGUCUUACAAACGAUUUGCAAAAAGUGCUCCCAUGUACUCAUGGAAGAUUCGGAAAAAAGCCAGUACAGAUUCAGGCUCUCGAAUCCGAACUUGAGCUACAUGACCAAAAAAAUAAUCAGGAAGAAAAUCAUCGAUAAAUGUAAAAAAAUCACAAAAUGUCCCCACUGUAAGACCGUGAACGGAUUCGUUAAAAAAAUGACCGCGGCCAAAGGCAGCACCAAUAAUACAGUCUUAAAAAUUUCCCACGAGAUCUAUAGGGAAAAAGACAAGGAGAAACUGAUGGAAAAACUAUCGGGGGAGUUCAGUUCUGCCCUAGAAAGCAACCCGGAGAUACAGUCCGCACUGGGAAACAGCGUUUCGCACAUUUUAACCCCCAUCGAUGUGCUUAAAUUAUUUGAAAGAAUCCCCGAGAGUGACAUACCACUACUGGCCAUGGAUGCCGAAAAAUCCCAACCAAAAGACUUAAUUUUCACCAGGAUGUUGGUGCCUCCUGUCUCUAUCAGGCCCUCAGUGGUCUCAGAUAUUAAGGCAGGAACGAAUGAAGAUGAUUUAACAAUGAAACAGUCUGAAAUAAUCUUUAUAAACGACGUAAUUAAAAAGCACAAACUAUCGGGGGCCUCAGUCAAUAUGUACCAGGAAGGGUGGGACUUUUUGCAGCUCCAAACUGCCCUCUAUAUAAACAGUGAACUCUCCGGGGUUCCAAUGAAUAUGAUGCCUAAAAAGCCUGGCAGAGGUCUGGUGCAAAGGCUCAAAGGCAAACAGGGACGUUUUCGCGGAAAUCUCUCCGGUAAACGGGUGGAUUUCUCGUCGAGAACCGUCAUUUCCCCGGAUCCGAACUUGGAGAUAGAUCAGGUGGGGGUGCCGGUCUAUAUCGCGAAAAUUCUCACUUUUCCCGAGCGCGUUAUCCAGGCCAACAUCGAGAAAAUGCGGGAGUUGAUCGUUAACGGGCCGGACAAGUGGCCGGGGGCGAACUACGUCCAACAGAAGGGGUCAGCUUUCAAGAAAUUCUUGAAAUAUGGAAACAGGGAGAAGUUGGCGCAGGAAUUAAAGUUGGGUGAUCUGGUGGAACGUCACCUACACGACAACGACAUCGUCCUAUUUAACAGACAACCGAGUCUGCACAAACUGUCCAUCAUGUCCCACAGGGCCAAAGUUCACUUCCAUCGCACAUUUCGGUUCAACGAGUGCGUUUGCAACCCUUACAACGCGGAUUUCGACGGGGACGAGAUGAAUUUACAUCUGCCCCAAACCGAGGAGGCCAAGGCGGAGGCCUUGAUCCUCAUGGGGAACAAAAGUAAUUUGGUAACUCCUCGGAACGGUGAACUGCUGAUCGCCGCCACCCAAGACUUCUUAACGGGGGCCUACUUGUUAACGAAAAAAGACACUUUCAUGGACUUCACCCGUGCCGCCCAAUUGGCGGCCACCCUCUUGGCCGGAUCUGACACCAACAUGCAAAUCGAUCUGCCCGCCCCCUGUAUCGUGAAACCGCAGAAAUUGUGGUCGGGCAAGCAAAUAAUGUCCCUGAUUUUUAAACCGAACAAGAGUUCGAACGUACUGGCCAACCUGGAGGCCAAAGGGAAGGCCUACACGAAGAACAAGGAGCUCUGCGUCAAGGAUUCGUACGUUUUGAUAAGGAAUUCCCAAUUGUUGGCCGGGACUUUGGACAAGGGCCAUUUGGGGAACGGCGGGAAGGGCGGCAACAUUUUUUAUGUUAUCCUGAGGGAUUUCGGGCAGGAGUUUGCCAUCAAGUCGAUGUGGAGGCUCGCACGUCUGACCUCAACAUACCUAAUGAACAACGGAUUCUCCAUCGGUAUAGGGGACGUAACCCCCGGAGACGGUCUUUUAAAGCGAAAAGCCGCCCUGCUGAGCGAAGGCUACCGAAAGUGCGACGAAUACAUAAAACAAAUGGCCCAAGGGAAACUGCAAUGCCAACCGGGUUGCACCGCCGAGGAAACCCUGGAAGCGAUCAUCCUGAAGGAACUGUCGGUCAUAAGGGAACACGCGGGUCAGGCCUGCGUUGCCGAGCUACAUUCGACCAAUAGCCCCUUAAUUAUGGCCCUAUCGGGGUCCAAGGGGUCCUUCAUUAAUAUCUCGCAAAUGAUCGCGUGCGUGGGACAACAGGCUUUGAACGGCAAAAGGGUCCCGGACGGGUUCGACUAUCGGUCUUUGCCCCAUUUUCCGCAUAAUUCGAAAACUCCGGAAGCGAAAGGUUUCGUGGAAAACAGUUUUUACAGCGGACUGACUCCUACGGAGUUUUUCUUUCACACCAUGGGGGGCAGAGAGGGGUUGGUGGAUACAGCUGUAAAGACAGCCGAAACUGGUUAUAUGCAACGGAGAUUGGUUAAGUCCCUAGAAGACUUGGUAGUACACUACGACAAAUCGGUAAGAAACGCCGAAGGGGACAUAGUGCAACUAAUAUAUGGUUGCGACGGUUUGGACCCCACUUACAUGGAAGGCAAAGAUUGUCCGGUGGACUUCGACAGGGUGCUGGAGCACGUAAAAGCGAAAUGCCCGUACAGGAACGAGAUCGCUUUAAACGGGGAACAAAUAAAAAGAGCCACGAAGGCUUUCCUGGAAACCGGAGCCCUGGAGGAGUGCAACGAAACCUUCAGGAACGAACUGAGCAAAUUCAUGGACGAAACCGCCGAUAAAACCGAUCGGAUCCUAAAACGGUUCGGAUACACGAAAGUUGUGAAGGAAAUAUCGCGGUUGACGUGCAGCCAGUUGGUCACUUUCUUGGAAACGUGCGGUCAAAAGUACACCAGGUCGAUAAUUGAACCGGGUACCGCUGUGGGGGCCCUAGCGGCUCAGAGUAUCGGGGAACCCGGUACCCAGAUGACUUUGAAAACGUUCCAUUUUGCCGGGGUGGCCAGUAUGAAUAUCACUCAAGGGGUGCCAAGGAUCAAGGAGAUCAUAAAUGCUACGAAAACUAUUAGUACCCCGAUCAUUAACGCCAGUUUAGUGAACGACUCUGACCCGUGGUUCGCUAGGGAGGUCAAAGUGCGUAUAGAACGUACCACCCUCGGGGAGAUUUCGACGUUUAUCGACGACGUUUACACGAAAGACGAUGCGUUCCUCUUAAUCCAGCUGAAUUACGACAGGAUUAAGCUGCUAAAGCUCGAAGUGAACGCGGAAUCCAUACGCUAUAGCAUCUGCACCACCUCAAAAUUAAAACUGAAACCGGCAGAUGUCCGGGUCGAGAGCGACACCAUCAUAACCGUGCACCCGAACCGGAGCACCCACUCCAGGAGGCUCAAUUUCGCUUUGAGCGAACUGAAAGACCAAAUCCCCAAUGUUGUCGUUAAAGGCUUACCUACAGUGAACAGGGCGGUAAUUGCUCGAGAUGACAAGCGAGGGAAGGCCACUUACCACUUGUGCGUCGAGGGCAACAAUUUGAGGGAAGUGAUGGCCACUUAUGGGGUUGACGGGCGAAAAACCGUCUCUAAUAACGUCUUAGAGGUGUAUCAGACCUUGGGAAUUGAGGCUGCAAGGGAAACAAUCAUGUCAGAAAUCAAAAUGGUGAUGGAAAACCACGGGAUGAGCGUGGACUAUCGGCACAUCAUGUUGCUGGCCGCCCAAAUGACGCACACCGGGGAAGUUUUGGGAAUAACCAGGCAAGGGUUGGCGAAAAUGAAACAGUCCGUCUUGAACUUGGCCUCGUUUGAAAAAACCGCCGAUCAUUUAUUCGACGCCGCCUACUACGGGCAAACGGACAAGAUCAGCGGAGUGUCGGAGAAUAUUAUUAUGGGGAUGCCCGCCCCGAUCGGCACCGGGAUAUUCAAGUUGAUGCACAAACCGAAAACGGUCGAACAGAACCCGGAAAUUAAGCCGUUGCUAUUCGAAACCGCCGUGGCUUAGCUUUAAGUUAAUUCGUUUUAUGUUUAAAUAAACACAAAGAAGAUUUUAAGGACAAAA